AUGGAGUCAAAGUUGGGUUUGCAGGUCACCUUGGCCCCCCAGGCACAGAUCCUAGAGGCACAGGAAGCAUUUGCUCUACCAAUCAAAGUUUCUGUUCACAAUGCCGCAGAUUCAACAGUCACCAUUCUAAGAUGGGGCACUCCAUUGGACCCUCAGGCUGGUGUUCUCGGUAUUUUCGAGAUUUGUGACACAACGGACAAACGGAAACUACCCGUUCCUACUAUUAUGGUUUCACGCAAGCUACCUGCCUCAGAGGACGAUCUUGUUGAGAUACAAGCACGUCACACCAUUGAUGUAACUGUCAAUUUGCCGAUUCAAAGCCUUGACAAGGGACAUGAAUAUUCUGUCCGUGCCCAGGGAACUUGGCAUGCGGUGUGGCCAACUGAAUUAUCUAAUGUCACUACAUCCCAACUCAGGGAUAACGAAGGCGCCUAUCGCGGGGACUUCAUUUCAAAUGAAUCCUCCGUGAGCAUUGGCCUAGAAAAGGACGCUAGAGCGGUGUUUGAAGUUCUGAAACGGGGUGGUAUUGCGAUUAUUCCCAUGAGCGUUGGCUACGGAAUCACUGCGAUUGAUCCGGAUGCAUUGAACCGGAUUUUUCGCGUGAAACGGAGAGAGCCACACAAGCGACAUGCAAUGGUUGGCAGUUACUAUCUGCAUCGAGAUAUUCAUGUUCUUCCUCCCCAGGAAGCCAGUAUCGUCAAAUUAUUGACUGUGGACUUGGAGCUUCCUCUGGGGAUUGUUGCGCCAUAUCGACUUGAUCAUCCGAUUAUUCGAAAGCUCCCACCAGAUAUAUUAGCACAGAGCGUCGUUGGGGACACUCUAGCAAUGUUGGUCAACGGAGGUGCUUUGCUAGAAGAAUUAUCUCGACUUGCUGCCCUAGAGGAACUUCCUCUAAUGGGAUCAUCAGCCAAUAUCACCGGCAAGGGAACAAAGACUGUGGUAGAGGACAUCGAGCCAGAGAUCCUCGAAGUGGCAGAUAUAGUCAUCGACUACGGAAGACAAAAGUUUCACCAUCCUCGAGCCUCUUCAACCAUUAUCGAUUUUAGAACAAUAAAGGUUGUGCGAUACGGAGCUUGUUAUGAUGUGGUGCAGGAUGCUCUCUCUCGGUUUUAUGGUAUCAAAGUGCCAGAUGAUCCCUGGAACGUGGAAUAUUUUGUCUGA